GAUUUCAAAAUACCGUUGCCCUUUGCAAGUCUGUUAGGGAAACUUUCCCGCCUUCCACAGCUUGCAAUGAGAGUAUACGCGAAGCUCGUAUCAUUGACUCACCCGUCUUUCCACCUUUCCCACCCGACCGUUGAUUCCUUCACCUGGAACACCCUCAUACGAGCCCAUGCCCAAUCCGAGGAUCGACCGGCCAUCUCUGCCGUUUCUUCCCUAUCCGUUUACAUGCGCAUGCGCUGCCAUGGCGUCGAACCCGACUUCCAUACUUUUCCUUUCCUCCUUCAAUCUUUCGAUUCUCCUUCUCAUCUCCACUUUGGAAGGCAAGUACAUGCUCACAUUCUUUGCUUGGGCCUCGUCUCUGACCCCUUCAUCCAGACUUCUCUUAUCUGUAUGUAUUCCUCUUGUGGCGAUUCAAAUUAUGCCCACCAAGUCUUUGAUGAAAUUCCAAAUCCUGACUUGCCCACUUGGAAUUCCAUCAUUGCAUCCAAUGUCAAAAUAGGUCUUAUUAGUACCGCCCGGCAGAUUUUUGACAGAAUGCCUCAACGAAAUGUAAUCUCUUGGAGUUGUAUGAUAAAUGGGUAUAUGAGAUGCGGUAAAUAUAGAGAAGCACUAUCAUUAUUUCGAGAGAUGCAGUCUUUGGAAUUGGAUACUGUGCGGCCAAAUGAGUUCACCAUGUCUAGUGUUCUUUCAGCCUGCGGACGGUUAGGUGCUCUAGAGCAUGGUAAGUGGGCACAUACUUAUAUCGACAAAUGUGGAAUGGAAAUGAAUGUGGUGUUAGGAACUUCUUUGAUAGAUAUGUAUGCAAAAUGUGGAAGUAUUGAAAAGGCAAGGUCUGUGUUUGAUAAUUUGGGCCCUAAGAAGGAUGUGAUGGCUUGGAGUGCGAUGAUCUCAGGGUUGGCGAUGCAUGGGUUGGGAGAAGAGUGCUUUGCCAUAUUCUCAAGGAUGCAAGAUCAAGGGAUAAGGCCUAACGCUGUAACAUUCCUGGGUAUUCUUUGUGCUUGUGUACAUGGGGGCCUUGUGAGUGAGGGGAAGGCCUAUUUUAAGAGGAUGAGUGAGGAGUUUGGUAUUACUCCCCUGAUCCAACACUAUGGUUGCAUUGUGGACCUUUAUGGAAGAGCUGGGCUGAUAGAUGAGGCAUUGAAUGUGGUAAAAUCUAUGCCUAUGAAACCUGAUGUCCCUGUGUGGGGAGCCCUUCUCAGUAGUUCUAGGAUGCAUGGUAGCAUCAAGACAUGUGAGCUUUCCCUCAAACAACUGAUCAAGUUAGAACCCAGUAAUAGUGGAGCCUAUGUACUUCUAUCAAAUGUUUAUGCAAAGAUGGGUAGGUGGGAAGAUGUAAGAUAUGUGAGAGAUCAAAUGGAAGCAAAGGGGAUAAAGAAGCUCCCUGGAUGUAGCCUGGUUGAGGUGGGAGGUAUCCUACAUGAGUUUCUUGUUGGAGAUGAAUCACACCCAGAAGCCCGUGAGAUCUAUUUGAUGCUUGAGGAGAUGAUGAAAAGGUUGAAGAUGGAAGGUUAUGUAGGAAAAACUGGGGAGGUAUUGCUGGACUUGGAUGAGGAAGGAAGGGAAUUAGCCCUGUCCUUCCAUAGUGAGAAGCUGGCAGUUGCCUUCGCCUUUCUGAAGACAAGUCCUGGUACACCAAUACGUAUUGUUAAGAACCUCAGGAUAUGCAGUGAUUGUCAUGAUUUCAUUAAGAUGGUAUCUAGGAUUUUUGACCGAGAGGUCAUUAUUAGAGAUUGCAAUCGGUUUCACUACUUCACACAUGGUCUAUGCUCUUGUAAAGAUUAUUGGUGAUUCCAUCUACCAGUCUCCAGGGGGCUGGGGAUUCAUUUCUGACUUUAAAGAGACACUAGACAGUUACGGCGGAGAAAGCAGAAUGAGGAGAGCAACCCAAAUCAUAUUAUAGUUGA